GGCGGUCAUAUUUUUUUUUUUUUUUUUUUUUUUUUUUUGGUCGACAUGGCAGCUAGCGGAUACUCCGACCUGAGGGAGAAGCUAAAGUCCAUGACGCCGCACCGGGACGACUACGGGAACAAAUACCGGGCGAGUAACGGCCGCGAGAAGGCUCGCAAGCGGAAGUACCGAGAGUCGGACGACGACGAGUACGAGCACAGCGACGACAGCGCUGACCUCCGGGAGCAGGAGGCCCGCCGGGUGAGGAGCAGCGUCGCGCAGCUCAGCAUCUUCGCCCCGGAGGAGUGCGCCCGCAUCGAGGAGAAGAUCGACGAGGUGGUGGCCCAAGCGGAGGCCGGACUGUACCGGGAGCACACGGUGGACAGAGCGCCCCUCCGCAACAAGUACUUCUUCGGGGAGGGCUACACGUACGGAGCCCAGCUGGAGAGGCGCGGGCCGGGCCAGGAGCGGCUCUACCGCAAAGGAGAGGUGGACGAGAUCCCGGGCUGGGUCCACGAGCUGGUGAUCAAGCGGCUGGUGGCCAACGGCGUGAUCCCCGAGGGCUUCGUCAACAGCGCGGUCAUCAACGACUACCAGCCGGGGGGCUGCAUCGUGUCCCACGUGGACCCCCUGCACAUCUUCGCGCGGCCCAUCGUGUCCGUGUCGUUCUUCAGCGACAGCGCGCUCUGCUUCGGCUGCCGCUUCCAGUUCAAGCCGAUCCGGGUGUCUGAGCCGGUGUUUGUGCUGCCUGUGAGGAGAGGCAGCGUCACGGUGCUCAGCGGCUAUGCUGCCGACGACAUCACCCAUUGCAUCAGGCCUCAGGACAUCAAGGAGCGGCGCGCGGUGAUCAUCCUCAGAAAAACUAAACCCGACGCCCCUCGAGUGGACUCUGAGAGCCCUUUAAGUCCGUCUCCUGCCCUGAGACCUGCUCCUCUAAAAGCCAAGCGCUCUCAUCGAAAAGCAGAUCCGGAUGCUGCUCACAGGCCGAGGGUUCUGGAGAUGGACAAAGAGGAGAACAGACAUCCGUUGGUGUCCCGCCAUCGUCGCCACAGCGUCAGCUCAGAGAACUACCGGAGGCGGGACGAAGACCCCGACAAACACCAGGAGGGCUCGGGACGCAAAGUCAAAAUGAGACGUCACUGAGCGCCUCUUUGGCCCGCACGUUCACAUGCUAAAAUAUCCCCGCUCCUUUAUCUAUGUCAGUAUUGUAACUUUAUUUGAUCAAUCAUUAUUUUAAUUGUCCACUUUGUUCUGGCGAGAGAGGAAAGAAAGAAAGAAAGAAGAAGAAAAAAAACGCCGUUAGAUUUCAGUUUUAAUUUGAGUCUAGGAAUGCUUGAGUGUACAUUUGUUUUCUGGCAGACAAAAACUGGCUUUUCUGCUGCUUAUAAUAAACCUCAACUUACUCACUACAGUAAGAAACAGUUCAGUUAGUUUAAAUUAAACAUUACUUUGUUUAUGUGUGAAUAUAGGAUUGGAAUAGGCAUGCGUUUUUUUCUACCUUGAGAACUGAAAGGAAGAUGUAAGUAUGGACUUGUACAAAAGCAAAGCCAAGCUGUAAUCUAACUUCCUAAUGUACAGUACGUUAAUGUACAGUCUUUAUUUGGGGGGGGGGGGGGGCUUUAUGGAGACAGAUAAUUUGUUUUUGUGUGUCCUCUACAUCUACAUUUCAAAUCCAUUGCCUUCGGGCCAUGUCAGAUCUUCACUUUUUGUUCACGUUGAGCUCCACGUGGCAGUUUGAGUUACAGCGACCGGCACAAGUUGCACCCUGGCGUUCUGUUUUCAUUUGAGCCGUUUUCAUGGCGGCGUUGGAGGAGCUAAGAUGCUUUGUGGAGCACUGACACGCUUCACUCUCCUGUCUCAGUAUAAGGUUGCUGUAUACUUUAUGACAUGAACCAUGUCAUUCCUCUGACUUAAUAAAUCCACUUUUCCUCAUUUUA